AAACGCCAGCACAAAUUUCUUGUAAAGAAUUAAAAAUGUAAAAUAAAAUAAUAAAAAUGUGAAGCUCUGUAGUAUUGCUAUAUGUUUACUGAAAUAAAACAUCUGUAUUAGGUGCAUCAAGAACUUCAUGUUAUCAUUUUUAUAAAACGACUAUGAUCAUUUUAUUAUCCGCAUAAAAAGCUACCUCAUAAAUCAUACCUACACACCAUAUUUGAAUAUUAGAUAGCACGGUCACAUAAUAAAAGCGCACAAAGUUGCAUCAGAAGGCAACUAAUAAUCUGGAAAACUUGAAUAAACGUUACAAGAUGUGGAAUAAUAUAAAUUCUCGUCAUUAUCGUUAUGCUUUUAAACAAUUUUAUAACGUCAUAAUUUUGAACGGUUUAAUAAUUUUGAGAGAGGACAGAAAAUAUAAGUGCGUUUAUAAUCCAGUUUUUACGGUUAUUUUGACACAAUAGCCGGAAGUUUUCCCCUCCCGGCGGCCACAGUCCAACAAAUGCGUCAUGCGUUGCGAAGGGGUUGUCUGACUGGUUAAAAAAAGGCGCGCUGUGCACAGAUCUCCGCAGCUUUGGUGUUAGUGCACGAUCUUUAUCUAGAUUACUUUAAAACAAAGCCAAUACGGACGCUGAAAUAUGUCGUACGGCAGAGGGGCUCUGAUCGUGCUGGAAGGAGUGGACAGGGCCGGGAAGACUACGCAGUGCAUAAAGCUGGUGCAGGCGCUCCAGCAGAGCGGCCGGCCGGCUGAGAUGAUCCGAUUUCCCGACAGAACUACAAAGAUCGGCCAGCUGAUCAGCUCUUACCUGGAGAAGAAGCAGAAUCUGGAGGACCACACCGUGCACUUGCUGUUUUCAGCAAACCGCUGGGAGCUUGAGCCCCUGAUCAGGGAGAAGUUGCAGCAGGGCAUUAGUCUGGUGGUGGACAGGUACGCCUUCUCAGGUGUGGCUUUCACCAGCGCCAAACCAGGCUUCAGUCUGCAGUGGUGUAUGAACCCGGACGUCGGGCUGCCCAAACCGGACCUGGUUCUCUUCCUGCAGCUGAGCCCGGCGGUGGCCGCCCAGCGGGGCGAGUUCGGCAACGAGCGCUACGAGAACAGCGACUUCCAGGGGACCGUGUUGCAGAGGUUCCAGCAGCUGAUGAAGGACCCCUCCCUCAACUGGCAGGUGAUCGAUGCUGCCAGGAGUGUGGAGGAGGUGCACAUGGACAUCAGGGGACACAGUGAAGCGGCCAUCGCGCAAGCUGAGUGCCAGCCCGUCGCAGAGCUCUGGAAGUGAGCCAGCAACCCCCCUCAGACAGCUGUACGACAGGAUUACGGAUCCCUGCAACUCCACUCCUUGGGUAUAACGCUUCUGAAGGCAGCAUAGACAAAA